AUGGGCUUGAAGGAGAUCGCGUCUAGUCUCAGGGGUGCGGCCGGCUACCUGUGGGGUGCGGCCGGCUACCUGUGUAUGAUCGGUUUCUUUGGAUAUUCUAUUCUUUUCAUGGCAGCUAUCAUCUUAUUUGUCCUUUGGUGUCUGGUAGCUGGUCUGGCAUGGGUGGCUUUGAAAGUGUAUGAUGGGUGUCGAGCACUUCCCCAAGGCAAAUCGAAGAAAGUCAACACUACGGAGACGUACGACCUUGAGACCUUGCGAACUCGUACAUCCACCGAUGGCAAUACUAGUGGCUCUGAUACAGAAUGGACAGAAUGA